GUUAUGUAUUGGAAAUACUGAGAGCGCGCUUUUCGAUUGCAAUCAUAUGGUUGGGGCUUUCCCUGUAUUUAAGUUAGGAGCACUAGCUAUCAAACAAAUUGGAAAGCCCCUUGCUAAUUACCUAAAAAGAAAGGCCAAAACAAACGCAUUCUUCCGACACUACGUGUGCUUGCCACCAGCACAGUUUUAUCACUUAUGGGAAACUCGGUUAAAGUUAAAGUUAUUGGGUCUACAAAAGCCGAAAGAAGUGGCCAAAUUGAGUGAGGAUGCUGCUGUUGACCUCGGAGCGGAAGUGCUGGGAGAAGUAAUCAUCUUCGUGGUGGGGGCCUCCUGUCUCUUGUUCGAAUAUCGUCGACAAGUCAGAAAAGAAGCUAAUAAGGAGGAUUAUGUACAAAAAACACUGGAUCAACUUACUAGUCAAGUUAAUGAGCUCAUGACUUUGGUUGAUAUUCAAGAGGCUAAAGUCAGAGAGCUUACAAAAGCAGUUGCCACUUCUAGUCCUGAAAAUAAGAGAUUUUAAUUUUACAAAUAUGUGAUUUAGAAGUCAUUUUUAAAUAUACACUCGACCAGUUUUACCUCUUGUUUUCUUCUUGUCUCGUUGAAAUUGGUUUACAGCAAAUGGUCUCCAAGUACGUACUGGGUGUUGACUUUGGAAGUACUCAUGCAUGUGCCAGAGUUUACACUACGGAUCUUAAAGCCAUUGGAUCUAGCAGCAGUAAAGUAUCCCGGAUUGAAGGGUCUGAUGGUUCAUGUGAAUUGGAUCCUGAGGCUGUUUGGGAUUGCUUAUGCAGACUACUGGAUAGUGCUGUACGAGACGCCAACAUUCGUCUUGAUCAAAUCAAAUGCAUAGGCAUUUCAGUUCAGAGAAAUAGUUUAGUGCUUUGGGAUAAAAAGACAUCAAUCCCGCGAACGCGCAUUAUCACUUGGCAGGAUACACGUGCUUUAGACCUCGCUAAAAAAUGGAAUAAUUCUUUUAUACUUCGUAGUAUGAAAGCUGCUGGUCAUCUGUUAUACUGGAUGACUCAUCGCUCGAGGUUCAAAGCACUAGCGUCAUACCAUUUCAAGACAGCACUAGCCUGUGUACGUCUUAAAUAUUUACUAAAUGAAAGGCCAGAGCUUUUAGAUGAAUGUCGUAAAGGUUUACUCUGUUAUGGAUGCUUAGAAACAUGGUUGAUAUGGAAGCUUACAGGUGGAGAAACCUUUGCUACGGAUAUCAGUUGUGCAAGUGUUACCGGAAUGUAUGAUCCUUUCUCUCGUAAAUGGAGUCAUCCAAUUUUGGCCAGCUUAGGAAUACCUCCAAGCAUUCUUCCCGAUGUUUAUCCAUCCAGUUAUUAUUAUGGAACUGUUCGACAUGGUCCUCUUGGAAAUUCGUCAAAUCCGUCAUUAGCUAUUCCAAUCACUGGUAUUAUUGGUGAUGCUCAAGCGGCCACAUUAACUGAAAAUUGUUUAUCUCCUUGUCAAGCUAAGAUUACUUUAGGCACUGGAAGCUUUUUGAAUUUAAAUUCUGGUUCUAAAGCUCUACCCGUAGUGAAUGGCUUUUAUCCUGUUAUUGGAUGGGCAUCUGGUUAUGCAUAUAAUGAUGGGUUUCAAAGUUGUGAAACAAGUUCUGCCAAGAGUUCUUCUUCACUAUCUUCAUCAUCUUUACCGUCUACAUCAAAAUCUAUUCAACUUAAUAGUCUUACUUAUUUAGUUGAAUGUUUUCAUCCAAAUACCGGUACUCUUAUUGAUUGGUUACAAUCAGAAGAAGUCUUCCUUAAAUAUUCUGACUUGGAGGAAAUGCUUUUAGAAGGUGAUCAUCUUGGUUUAGAUGAAAAAGCCACUCUUGAAAAUAUAUUUUACAUCCCAUCACCUAUGGAUUCACUUAAACAACAAAAAAAUAUACUUUCGAAAGGACCGUUUAAAUCUAAUAAGAUAUCAAUUCAUGGACCAGGUGGCAUUAUUAUCGGCAUGGAUUGUUCAAAGUCUCGUGAUAGACUGCUUAUUGCUCGCGUUGUAGUCGAGUCAAUAGCAUUCACUACGAGAUUUAUGUUGGAAAAUUGUCGUAAACAAACAGGUACCCGAAGACUCAAUCAACUUCCACGGUGUGGGCAGCCGGGAAGUAACAACCGCCCACACACUUCCAAGGGCCAACAUAGUUCGUUAGGAUAGUAGUGUCAAGUUUGGUUAACACAUCCCAACUACCUUGGCAAGCAAAGUAUGACUACUGAGUCACCUUAUUUAAUGCGAGUGGAGGUGAUGACAUCAUUUAUACAGCUACUUGGGAGUGAUUUUUGCGUAAUAAAUAACCAACAAGACAAUAGAAGCAAAGGUUAUUCAUUGAACAAUAAGUUUGAAACUUAGAUCCAGGGCUUCCUGCCAUUGAAUAUGCUCUUUUAGAUGCUGUAGACGUACAACUGUCUUUCUCCAUCAGUCGUCUAUGUAAACGGUAAUGUAGCCCGUUCAAACUGGCUGCUUCAACGCAUAUCAAAUGUAAUCGGGAUUCCAGUUGAACGUAGUGGCACUGAAGAAUGCAGUUGUGUAGGUGCAGCGAUCUCUGCAGGUGUUGGUGCAGGCAUAUGGCCGAGUUUUUCUGCAGCUAAUGAAGCACUACACAAUCGACUGCGAUCAGAAUCAUCAAAUAACUGCUUAUCUCUUGAUGCAUAUCCUACAAAGGAUUGUAAUGAAAUUGACAACCUGAAGAUGAAUCAUUCUAACCUCCGUAGACGUUUCAUACCUCAAUCAGCAGAAAUAUGUAAAUGUGUAAAACAACGUUAUCAAAUUUGGUCACAUAUACGUGCUUCACAUCCGCAUAGAUUACCUUUGAUCAGAAAUGUGUAAAUAGAUGGAUAGAUGGAGAUAAUCAACUGGGGUCGUGAAAAUCAAACAAAAACAAAAUUGUGCCAAUUUUGUAUUAACAACUUCCUGUUGCUGUUGUUGUUGUUUUUCUUCUUUCUUCUUUCAUUCAUGUGUAAAUGCUUAAGCCAGUAUUAUUCAACUGUAAUUCAUUCUUCUUUAUCAAACUUACCACUUUUAUGAGUUGUUAUCAAUUUAUGAACAAAAUGUCGUCCAGUUUACUACCUACCUACCUGCCUAGCUGGGUAGGUAGGCAGUACCAUUCUUCCUUUUUCUACCAUUAAUAUUUGUAUCAAUACAACACAUAUGUCUGUAAUAAAAAAAGAAUUUGAUUGCUACAGCUGUAAAAGUAGCUAGUACUUUUAUACAUAUAUUUUUCAUUCUUAUUGUUUUUGACUUUAUUCCUCCUUCCCUCAUCAACACAUGAUGAAAUCAAUUUACAGUCCUUUUUGUAUGCAAUUACACACACAAUAGUAGUAUUGUGUUGCCUGUCAUCAAAUUAUUCUUAUCUUAAACACAUGUUACUCCUAUCUAAGAGUGAAUACUUAUCAGUUAUUACUCAAAUGAAGACGGUGGCCGGGGGGGGGGGCACGGGCUAGUUUGAUUAGAUGAACAACACACUGAACACUCAUGCAAUCACCACUUUCCAAUCAUCAAAAGUGCCAAGGGUAAAAAACAAGUGGACCGAAGUAAAGUCAGUCUUUCUUCAAAAAAUGUGAGUGAUGUUCAUGACAAAAUUUCUAGUACCUCCUGCUUCUCUUUUUGAGUUUUUUGGUUAGCUUGCUUAAACCUCUCCUUCUGUCUUAAAGUUUGUAAUAUGCUUUUUUGUACUUUGUAUUAUUUAUGUGUAUAGAAGCCCUUCCAAGGGAUUGCAUUAUAUUGUGUCUUUCGCUUAACUGUUGCUCAUUUAUCUCCUCUCUUUUUUAUUCAGUGUGUGUUGUAUGUAUGUACAAUUCAAUAUAAAUUUCUAUUUUUUAUUUAUUCAAUUUUCUAAAUAUGUCGCUCUUUUCAUAAAUCUUUUCCUUUAUGUAUGUUGUAAUUUUUUUUAUAAAUGAACUUUAUUACAUAAUAUCAUAUCACU